AUGGAGCCUAACAUGGGGCAAGCCCUGGCUGCCGUCCUCAUACUGCUGGUGACCACGAGAGUGCUAUGGUAUCUGCUUUGGAGGCCGUAUGUUGUGGCCAGGUGGUUCGGGCGGCAGGGCAUCCGAGGUCCACCUUACAGGUUUCUGGUUGGGUCUCUGCCGGAGUGCCAAACGAUGCUGGUUGCCGGGAGAGCCAAGGCUCUGGACACCAGCUCUCAUGACUGCAUCGCCACCGUGCAACCCUUCUUCCGGAAAUGGGCCUCCCAGUAUGGUAAAACAUUCCUGUACUGGUUGGGGCCGACACCAGCCCUUUGUUGUACUGACAUGGAGCUUGUGAAGCAAAUGUUCACCGACAGGACAGACGUGUUCCAAAAAGAAUACUUGAAUCCGAGCCUGGACUCAAUUCUAGGGAACGGGGUCAUAUUUGCAAACGGAGAUGACUGGAAGCGACGCCGCAAAUUCGUCCACCCGGCUUUCAACCAGGAGACGAUCAAGUCCAUGUCAACAAUAGCGUGGGAGUGCACACAGCAGGCGAUGGAACGGUGGUGUGCCCAACUGCAAGGGCGGCAGCAAGCCGAGAUAGACAUGAGGCACGACUCCGACGAGAUAGCCAUGGGUGUCAUUGCACAAGUGAUGUUGGGCAAGGACCACGAGGAGGCCCGGGAGGUGUUCGUCGCCGGAAGGGAGCAGAUGGAGAUUGCCGCAUAUGCGUUCGCAGAUCUCCCGUUACCUGGAUUCAGGUACCUGCCGACACGUCGCAACCGUCGGACGUGGCAGCUCGAUAAGCUCGUGACAAGCAAGAUCUCGCACAUCCUAAAGGCACGACUUGCCAGCAGCGUCUACGAAGAUGACCUGCUCGGGCAGAUGCUGCAGCUGCAGGCAUGUAGAAGCAGCGCCGAGACUCUGAGCACCCGGGAGAUGAUCGGCGAGUGCAGGACUCUAUUCGCGGCGGGGUACGAAACCAGCGCCAGCGUCAUAACUUGGGCGAUGUUCCUGCUCGCCAGCUACCCACGCUGGCAGGACAUGGUCAGGGAGGAGGUCGCACGGGAAUAUCCUGCUCACCAGCUUCCCCCGGUUGACACCCUUGGCAAACUCAAGCUGCUUGACAUGGUACUCCUGGAGACGCUGAGGCUCUAUGGCCCCCUAACUUUCCUGCAGAGGAAGACCAUCUCGGACACCAUCCUCGCCAACACGAAGGUGCCGAAAGGAACGAUGAUAUCAAUCCCGCUGCUGAUGUUGCACCGGGACAAAGAGGUCUGGGGACCCGACGCUGACGAGUUUAACCCAAUGAGGUUCCAGAGUGGCGUCUCGAGGGACACCAAGCUUUCACGCGCGCUGCUGGCCUUCUCAUAUGGGCCGAGGGUCUGUGCUGGGCAGAACUUCGCCAUGGUCGAGGUGCAGAUCGUGAUAGCCACCAUCCUCAGGAGUUUCUCCUUCUCCCUGUCCCCCAGUUACGUGCACAAGCCCAGCAAUUUCGUCACCCUAUUGCCCAGGUACGGGCUCCCUCUCAUCGUCAGGAACCUGCAGCAGCUGACUGGGUGA